AUGAAUAAUAAUGAAACAACAUUUGCUUUACUUUUAUCUGAUGUUUGUAAUCCACCAACAUAUUUGCAUUUAAGGAUACUUGAAUGUGCCAAAAAUUAUGUAAAUAAUUGUAUGAAAAAGCAUGCUACUGAAGGUAUCCUUCAUGUUAAUAAUUUUUUUCCCUCAACAACACAAAAAGAAGAUUGUAUUUCGAAUGACCAAAGAUUUAAGUUAAGUAAAUUAUGUUGCAGACGAUCAAAGUGGAUAAGAGCUGAUAAUUGGAAAGUUAAUGAAUUUUCUAAUAUAUUAUCUUAUUUUAUAAAUUUAUCACUACACUAUCAAAAAUAUUAUGACAAUGAAUUUGGAAAAAAUGUUGUAAAAAUAAUAUUUAUUUGUGAUAACAAUUUUUUUACCUCUUUAAAAUUAAUUGAUAACAAUAGUUUUUUAGAAGAAUUUUUAAAUAUGUUUAGUAUGAUUGUUGUAUCAAUUGAUCAGUCACAAAAGUUACUGCCAAAUUUGUUAGAUGGACAAUUUUUAGAAAAACAUAAGAAUAAUCUUUUUUUUGUUGAUAAUACUUUUAAUACACAAUUUUCUACAUCACAACAGGUUCGUGAUGCAAUAAAAAGAAAUGAAACAAUUAGAUAUUGUACAGAGAAUGAUGUUGUUGAUUACAUUGAAAAAUAUAUGUUAUAUAAAACAGCUCCAAGGUUAUUAAAAAAUGAGUCCCAAAACUAUAAUAAUAUCCAAAAAGAAUGUAUAAAGAAAUGUUCAUGUAACAAUAAAAUAAAUGAAAAAGAAAAAAUUUUAAGUUAUAAUAUUAUGACAGAAUCAUAUCCAAAUCACUCAACUUUUUUAAACUAUCAAAAAGAAGGUGAACCAAUAUGGACUUCUUUGGCAAAACCUGAUUAUAAAAAAUCAAAAAGUCUAGAAAAUAUAUUUUAUGAUGGACAAUGUACACCUAUUUAUGAUAAUUUAAGAAUUGAUGAAAUGUUAAAAGCAAAUGAACAUUGGGUUUCUGAAAUGUUAAAACAAGCAGAUGAACUUGAAUUUAAUAUAAAAGUUAAACCAUCAUAUUCAAAGAAAGUAUCUUUUACAAUGAAUAAUAACAAAGAUAGUAAAAUAAAUGUAAAAGAUGAUAAUUUAAUUAAUAUAAAUUCUGUUGAAACACAUAAUGAUAAUUCAAAUAAGCAACAAAAUGAUAUAAAUGAUGUUGAAAAAUUUUUAAGUAUGUAUGAUUCACUUAAUUUAUCAACAAAAGCUAAAUUAUCAAAUAUACAAACAGACAUUAAUGAGUUAAAAAUUUCAAGUGGCAAUAAAUUAGAUACUGAUUAUAAUAAUAUGAUAUCUUUAAAAAAUACAAAAGCAAAUAAAAAUAAUUCAAUUGAUAGAAAAAAUUUUGCUCUAGAAAGUACAGUUUAA